GUCAAUUUAAUAAAAGAUAAUUGUACUGUGAUACCAGUUUCACAGUCAUCUUUCAGCAGUGUCCGUGGUGUCUCUUUUUUGCUUGGUGUGUGUGUCACAAUAAAAAAGUUACUGUAAUAAGAACAAAUUGGAUUUGGAGUUCGUUAAUAAAGUGCUUAUAAUCAUGAGUCCAGAGCCGAUGGACGCCAGGUGUGUCGACGACGAUCACAUUGCGCCGAAACCCCAACAAGACACAGGGUCCAAAAAGUUGGAACUCUUAUCCAACGGAUACUAUUACGAUGUCACGUCUUUCGUGGAACGCCACCCGGGUGGACCGAUUAUUCAAAUGUACCUCAACAACUGUGAAGACGCCACGCAAGCGAUUCAGCAGUUCCAUGCAAGAUCAAGAAAAAGAGUGGACGCAAUUAUGAAUUCAUUUCCCAAGCGAAAAGCUACCGACGCAGACUUAAUUCAAACCUGGGGUCCAGACCGUGUUGAGCGACAUCGUGCCUUGACCCGUGAUUUCGAAUCCUUAUACAAAGAGCUACAAGAUGACGGACUAUUUGAACCGAGCUUAUCUCACGUGCUAAUGCGAUAUUUGGAAAUUACAACGAUCGGGAGUCUAGGGCUGUACCUGUUCUCCGCUGGCUAUACCGCUAUAGGAGUCGCAUUCGUCUGUUGGGCUGCAGGAAGAUCGACGUGGUUUGUUCAUGAAGCUGGUCAUCAUUCAUUGACCGGAAAACCUUGGUUAGACAGAUGGAUGCAGUCACACAUUUAUGGAAUAUAUUGCGGAUGUUCGGGAGCAAGUUGGAGAAACCAUCACUCGCAACAUCAUGCAAUGCCGCAACACAUACACAAUGAUAUUGAUUUACAUACGCUUCCAUUGUUCGCUUUUCAUGAAAGGGUGGUUACAAAGAAGGAACAGUUUGGAUUCUUUGUGAAAUACCAGAAAUACUUUAUCUACAUUAUACAAAGCAGUAUAAUGGGCUUCUACUGGAAAUGGGUUGAAGAUCCAGUCUACGCUUGGAAAAAUGGCUACUACUGGGACCUCGUACAUAUGGGAAUCCACCAAAUCUUCGUUUACAAGCUAGGCCUUCCUCUCUACCUCCUCUCCGGCUGCAUUGUUUUGAGCUACAUGGUUCUGCAAGCCACGUUGAGCCACACCCAUCUCCCAAUAACAGAAGACCCCACUCACUGGGUCGAGUACGGACUGGUGCACACUGCCAACGUGAGGUCGUCAUGGUGGGUGGACUACAUCAUGGGCUAUCUUAAUUAUCAAAUCGAACACCACCUUUUCCCCACGAUGCCACAAUUCCGAAAUAAGUUGGCUGCAAAACGAGUAAAAGAGCUGGCACGAAAGCACGGACUUCCAUACCAUCUCUACGACUAUAAAACCAUCGUCAUCAAAACCCUGACAAAUUUGAGCAACGUAUCGGACGAUGUGGAGAAGAGGAUUAAGCAAGAAGAAAAGCAAGAGAUGAAAGUUGCGCAAAUGAAGAAUUCUGGAAAUAAUCAUGCGGGUGAUGGAAACAACAAAGAGGUCGUUGGCAUGAAUAAGAAGAUGCUCAUUAAGAAGGAAAGCGGACUAAUCGAGUCCAUCGUGAAGGAUAUGAAACUGCACAAGAUCUUCUGACUAGGCGUGGGGGAAUUUAUUUUAAUUAGUUUAGUUUUUGGUGGACAGUGGACGUUAUGGAGUGAUGUAAAUACCAAUUUAUAUCUUUGGGAGGAGUACAACAGGACUGAGGAGUCAUCGACGACCAUCCAACAGAAUUGGUUGCAGUAUGCAAGCUAGCAACGGUAGCAGUUGUGUAGCUACGUAAAAAUAAGUCAACGUCCACAAACGUCCACCUCAACUAUUCUAAUUAGUUUAGAUUCUUCCAAAACAGUAAUGUGUGAUAAAUAUAGGUGACAAAUUACAAAAAUGGCAGAAUUUAUACGAUUGUUUAUUUACAAUGUAUAUGUAUGUAUGUACAUAUUUACAGAUUUAGUGUAUAAAGCCUGCUCCAGACUUCAUGUCAGCAUUGAAAAUUUAGAGCAUGAUUUCAAGCACAAAGUCUGGAGCCGGCUAAAUUAAGCUCAAUUUUUCACUUGAUAUGUAAAUAGUCUAGUAAGGUAACCCUAACAUAUUGAUACAUAAUGCAGGUUUUGUUUACACGUGCACAUUAUUAUACAUAUUUAAAACCAAUGGAUAAAUAAAUUAUGUAUACACAGA